AUGACCCUGUAUAUAUGGACAAUCAGGCCCAUAGAGAAGAAUAUGUUCUGAAUGAACAUGGGAUACUGUAUGAAGGAGUUUACAAGCAUAUUACCUGUCGACCAUGGCACUUUGGACAGUUUGAAGAUGGGAUUCUGGAUAUCUGCUUGAAGAUCCUAGACAUGGGCGCGAGUUACCAUCACGGCUCUGAUCGCGACCAUUGUUGGCGCAAUGAUCCUGUGCAUGUCAGCAUGGUGGUAAAUCACAUGAUAAGCAGCCAUACUACUAACAGUAUCAUGAAGAUUCCAGAAAACAAUGAUUACCUAAAAGGAACAAAACCGUUUUCCUGGAAUGGAAGUGUCCCUAUUCUUCAGCAGUGGUACAGUGGCAGAUGCAGGCCAGUCAGAUAUGGAUAUUGUGGAUCUCUUGCUUCAGUCAUGUGUACAGUGAUGAGGUGUUUGGGAAUUCCAAGUCGUGUUGUCACGAACUUCUGUUUUCCGUGCUCAGUUGAGAAUCCCCUUGGUAUCAAUGAGAUUUUUGACUGUACUGGAAAAAACCUGUGUGGUAAAGACAAACUAUGGCGAUAUCACUGCUGGAAUGAAUCUUGGAUGGCUCGCAGAGACCUAAAUCAAUGCUGUGGUGAUUGGCAGUGUCUGGAUCCAACACCUUUGGAAACGGGCAGAGGUUCAGCUUGCAGUGGUCCUACAUGGGUUCGAAGCAUCAGAGAAGGGGAACUGGACUUGGACUAUGAUGGUCAUCAUAUGUUUUCUCGAGUAAAUUCUAACUAUGUUGGCUGGCUUUCCCAAAACAAUGCCAAAAAAACAAAAUUUUUCUGUGACCCUUGGCCAUGUGCACAACGUCUAAUCACCAAGAGUGUUGGCAGUGAGCAAUUUGAAGAUAUCACUGGGGCUUACAAGUAUGAACUAGGUAUGAUAAAAAGUUCUAUGAAAAACAAAGAAGCCUAUUACCGGGCUUACAGAAGAAUUCACCCAGGGUACUGCAAUGCUUCCAACUGUCAUAUUGAUAGAGAGUUGUCAGCUCUGAAAAACCCAUUUUUGAGUGACUCUGGUAUUAACAUGAGGCUAAAGAUGGCUAACUGCCCAAUGUAUGGUGAAGAUGUCCAGCUGCACUGGCUUCUUGAAAAUUUGCGUAGUGAAAACAAAAACCUGAAGUUUAAUUUGUGCGCGCAAAUAAUAACCUACAGUGGUUGCCCGAUGGAUCAAUUUUGGAAAGACAGUGUGAAUGUCACAUUGGGUCCAAGGGAAGUGAAAAACAUUCCACUGUGUAUAUCAUAUAGUCAAUAUGGACCUUAUCUCUGUGAUCACAACAUUAUUAAAGUAGUUGCUGUCUCAGACCCAGAGUGUGGAGAAGUUCUGAUGGUGAGCAGGGAUAUAGUGAUCAACAGGCCACCUGUUAUUGUAAAGCUGCUGAGCCAGCCCAGGCUGAAAGUACCGUGUACCGCAGAGAUCUCCUUCUGCAAUCCUCUCCAGGAAGAUAUGAAGAACUGUGUAAUGACAUUAGAAGGCUGUGGUUUAUUCAAAGAGCCAAUGACCAUUGAUUUGGGAACGCUGGCAUCCAACCAACAGGCACGGACCGUCGUGGAGUUCACACCUUACAGGCUUGGCAGCCACCGGCUCCUGGCCAACUUGGGAUGCCACAAGUUUGCCUAUUGCAAGGGAUGCGCCAAGACCGAAGUGUGUAGUCCCACGGGCCAGAACAGCACCCUGCCUGUCAGCCAGAAUGGGUCGCUCCCAGUGUGUGAGAAUGGCUCUCUCCCCAUGAACAACUCUGGGCCUGUUCCCGUGGCAGACCCUGGGUUCAACUCCAUGUGUGAAUACAUCUGUAUCCCUGUGUGCAACCCAAACUGCAGUGCAGGGGGGCAGCCUGUGUAUGACUUUGUGUACCUCCCUGCGGGCCAUCCCUUAUGCAACUCCAUCUGCAACCAAGGCUUCAAUCCAAGCAUCAAUCCUGGUUUCAACGUGGGCUGCGAUCCUGGCUUCCGUGUCCUAUGUGAGACUGUGCCUCCUUCUAUGGGUGCCCCAAUGCCUCCAUCUGUGUAUGGCUCCGUGCCUGCCCCAACAUCCAGCCCUGUGUGCCCCCCUAUGCCUCAUGUGGUAUUUGAGACAGGGCCUGCUCCCGCACAGCAGCCUGGAGGUGGAGGGGGGCCAAUGACCUACUCUGUCUCUGUCCCUGCGAAUAAUGCG